AUGGACACACUCACCCCUCUCGGAGUGGUCGAUGACCAAGGUAUAAUUGCUGCAAAACAGGCCAUUGAGCUGCCUCUGCCGAAAAUUUCCACAAGCAGAAAUGUCUUCACAGUGAGCCACGCCUCUGCCCACCCGGACGCCGCUUCUGCUACGGCCUUCCUCGACAAACACGCGCCACAGCUUCGAGAUGAUAUGGAUUGCCAACGCAUCGCCAUUCAGAACCAUAACCUCGCUAAACUGCGUGAAUUCGUUGAGAAGAGCGAGAUGAAGAGCACGGUUGGCGAGAAGGAGAGAGUUGUUGCGUUGAAGUGUCUGGUUCGAAGAGCGGCGGAAAACGAUAUUCAAUACGCACAUAAAUGUAACUAUCCUCUUGUUGUUGUCCAGUUCAUGCGCCGUACAUGGCAGGUUCUUCUCCGGCAGGUCCAAGAACACUUGAGUGAGGCCCAUUCAGAAGACUCUCAAGAUGCCGUACCGCUGCUCGAGCAGCGCCAUCGAGAGGCAAUAGAGAACAUAUCAGCCUUGGGCCUAUGGUUCGUUGGAGACAUGUCAAUUCCUUUUCGCCGUUACUCACUCCAAAUGACUGCUGCCGACGGCACACUUCAGAACGUCAUUGCGGUCGGGUUGGUGUCGUUUUCUUACUCCUCAUACGUCAUGGACUCCCGCCGACGCGCACAGGAAGCUACCCUCGCAGAACUAGAAAGACUUUCAAAGCGCCUCGGCGUGAAACUGCACUUCUUGCCGUCUUUGGUUUUGCCGGAGGAGGCCAAGGCAGUACCUCUAUAA